AUGGACGAAUUCCCUCAGCAAGCUUCGGUCCGCGGCGCGGUGCCCAAUUCGGCAGCGUACCCGAACGGCGAGCAGCCAAAGAGGUCGGUGCAGCCAGUACAGCAUCAGUCCACUCCACAGGCUGACAUUCCCCAGCCAUUCGAACCAGGGCGCAUUUGUACGUUGGGGGUAUCUCGCCUCGCGUUACCGAGUACAUGCUUCAGGUCAGUCCACCACGGUCCGGUCUGGCUGCGGCCUUGCUCGUUCGCUCGAGGCGGCUGACCUGAGCUCAUCUUUCGGCAUUCCUUAGGAAAUCUUUGGUGUUGCCGGUCAGUGGACUUGGCGCCGUUAUGAUCUUGUGCGAGCGUAGAUCGACAGAACUGACACUGCCUCCGUUGCCAGGCCCCGUCAUCGGCGUUAAAAUCAUCCCCGACCGAAACUUUCAGCACGGUGGAGCAAACUACGGGUAAGCCGAGCAUGGGCGUACCCACCCCAACCCCACCACCAGUCAAGAUGAAUAACUGAGGUCCGAAACCCCUUGCCGGCACAGCUUUGUCGAGUUCCAAGAGUUGCGCUCGGCCGAGACCGCGCUGCAGACCCUGAAUGGGCGCAAGAUCUUUGACAACGAGAUCAAGGUCAUGUGGGCGUACCAGAACCAGGCCUCGGCACCGAAGGAGGAUCUCGCCGGUCACUACCACGUCUUUUGCGGCGAUCUGUCCCCCGAGGUCACGGACGAGGUUCUGCGCAAGGCUUUUGCCGCGUUCGGCUCGCUCUCGGACGCGCGGUGCAUGUGGGACAUGAACACGGGCAAAUCGAGGGGCUACGGCUUCUUGGCCUUCCGGGACAAGACCGAUGCCGAGCAGGCGAUCGCGACAAUGAACGGCGAGUGGCUCGGCACCAAGGCAAUUCGGGUCAACUGGGCCAACUCGAAGAACGGCGUACGUUGAGCGUGUACCCAGGUUCGGGUCCGAAAAAAAACUGCGCACUAACGGGCGACGGCACAUUUUCAUUCAUCCAGGGUCAACCCGGUGCCCCUAGUGCUUCACCGAUGGGUGCCACGCAUGCUGCAACAUCGGCACCUGCCUCGGUAAGCCUGUCUCUCGCGACUGACGCUUCAAUCGAAUUCGCGAGCUGAGCAGGCCGUUUCUCCCUCAAACACACAGUAUGACCAAAUCGUGAGCCAGGCCCCGUCCUUCAACUCGACCAUUUACGUCGGCAACCUCGUCCCCUUCGUCUCGCAAGCCGACCUCAUCCCUCUCUUCCAAGGCUUUGGCUACAUCGUCGAGAUCCGCAUGCAGGCCGAUCGGGGCUUCGCAUUCGUCAAACUCGACACGCACGAGAACGCCGCCAACGCCAUCAUCAAUCUUACCGGAACAAACGUUCACGGUCGACCGUUGAAGUGUUCGUGGGGGAAGGACAAGGACGCAGGUUCAGGCUUCGGUGGUUCGACGGGGAGCGCUUCCCCUGCCCAUAUCGUCGGGAGCCCGCAACCGUACCACCACCAGCAGCAGCAGCAGCAGGCACGACCACAGCCGGGCCUCGUUGCGCAGCAGCCACCGUACAUGUACGCGCAACAACCGUACGCGCAAGCGCAGCAACCCUACGGCACCUACUCGGCUCAACCGCAACCCCAACAGCAGCAACAACAGCCUCACCAACAUCAGCAACAAGCCCCACGGGAUCCAGCCGCUGCGGCCGCAGCGAUGGCGGCGUGGCAAGCCCAGUACGGAGCUCAAUACGCGGCCUACAUGCAACAACAGGCGGCAUUGCGACAUCAACACUACCAGGCGCAACAGCAGCAUGGGCACCAAUCGCCUCAUUACCAAGGCGGUCGACACCAGUGA